UGUAGCAAAAGGCAGAGAGAAAUGGACCGGAUGGUGGACCAGUGCCAACUGAAGGCCACAUUUCCAUAUCUGGAUAACAUCACCAUCUGCGGUUAUGACUGGCAAGAUCACACCACCAACCUCCAACGAUUUUUCCAAGUGGCCAAAGCUCUGAACCUUACCUAUAACAGGGACAAGUGUGUGUUCGGAACCACCCGACUCGCUAUCCUUGGGAAAUCUGCCACCGGGACCACCCUACCGGCUUGGCUGACGUCCCCGGGGCCAGUGCUGCUCCAGAAACAUGCGAGGAGCAAUAAAUACUCCCCGCCGGUCGAGAGGGUUCACCUUCUACAUGCGAACCCCCAGUAUGUUUACGUGGUCUUACCUGAUGGGCGGGAGGACACGGUCUCCAUCUGCGACCUGGCGCCCGCAGGAGCAGCAGACCACUACCCCGAACACUCCACGGUAACUAUGAACCCUGUACCCGAGGUGACACUGCGCACACUGAGCCCUACACAGACUCCUCACGACACUCCUAUACCGGGCGUCUCGUACGCGCAUAUACCAGGCGCUUCGCACACGCAUGAGGGAUCACUGAUGCCUAGUGGGCUGACACCUCCAGUCAGGUCGGAACCAGCACGACCACCAUCUCCGGUACAAUCACCACCGGCACCUGUGCAAUCACAGCGGGUGCUAUGUAGAUCGCAGCGACAGAUUCGACCACCUGAUAGACUUAACCUGUAAAUAUACUUGUAAGAAACUUCGCCCCAUGGGGACUCUCUUUUAAAACAAAGGGUGGGGUGAAUGUGGUGAACUACAUAUACCUGUCUGGACAUGCCCCCCCGCUGACUGUUCCUGUGGCUCCUCCCACAGACCCCUGUAUAAAGGCGAUUGGAGGCACUGCUCCUCCCUCAGUCUCCAGGAUGUUGUGUGGUGGGCUCUUGCUGCUGACGGUGCUUUCUUCCAGCUAAUAAAAGUCUA